GGUACCGUCUUGUAACGUCAAGUGUGCGAACUGUCGUGAAAGCACAUCGACGCAGAAAGAAAUAAGCAGUGUCAUUAUUUGUCCUCCGGUUUGUAAAUAUUAAUGUCAUAUAAAUUACAUAUUUAAUUAUUUGUUAAGGAUACAAUCGUCUCGGUGUGCGAGAAACACUUUGCUGCUUCUCGUACUCGUUUAUUGUUAGUUAGCAUAGCUCGCUAGUUAGCUUAGCUUGUUAGCUGCUAACAGAAGACACAGAAGUUAUCAACACGUCGCUAAGUAGAGAUCAAGUGUGAGAGUAAAGUGUUGUGAUUGUGUGAAAAUGUCUACAUUACAAAUGUUGAGAGCGUUGGUGGAUCAGCGACUAACUGCUGCCGCUGAAGAAAUAUUUGUAGUGUUUGAAAGAACAAUAGCAGAAUACGAGGCGGAACUUUCUAGAACAAAAGAGGAGAAUAAUCGACUACUGGACGCUGUUUUCAAGAAACAUCAAGUUGUGUUACACAGAACAGACCUUGACGAAGAACCUCUACCUCAUGAGCAGGAGGAGGAACCCCAGUGCCCCAACAUACAUGAGGAAGAAGGGGUACCACAUUCCCAACACAUUAAAGAGGGAAGGGAGGAGCCUCAGCCCCCCAACAUUAAAGAGGAAGAUAAGACGCCACAGACCCAUAGUGUUAAACUGACCCUUCACAUUAAAGGGCAAGCGGAGGACCCACUGAUCUUACACAUCAAAAAUGAAGAGGAGGACCCACUGACCCCUCACUUUAAAAAGGGAGAGGAGGACCCACUGUCCCCAUACUUUAAAGAGGAAGAGGAUGACCAAGAGCCAACGCACAUUAAAGAGGAAGAGGAGGAACACUGCAUCAGUCAGUCUAAAUGGUUGGAGGAGUUCCCAGUGACUGGUGUCCCUGUGAAGAGUGAAGAUGAUGAGGUCAAAGGUGAAAGUGAGGAGAAGAGAGAGGCGGAGCCUCCAAGCAGCAGCUCAACACAACACAUGACAACAGAAGCUGAUGGAGACCACUGUGGAGGAUCACAAGCAGACAAGCUCUUAGCUCCACUAUCAGAUAGUGAGGACACAACGUCACACUCUCCUGACACUGAUGAUGAAGACUCUAAAGAUGAUAAGACAUGUCACACUGACAACACUCACUUCAAAUGUUCUCACUGUGACAAAACCUUUAAAAACCACAGUCUUCUAAAAAGACACAUCAGUACACACACAGGAGAAAAACCUUUUACCUGUUCAAUCUGUAGUAAAGGUUUUGUAGAAGGUCGCAAUUUGAAAGUACACAUGAGAACACACACCGGAGAAAAACCUUUUAUCUGUUCACUCUGUGGUAAAGUUUUUGUAGUAAGUCGCAAUUUGAAAGUACACAUGAGAAGACACACGGGUGAAAAACCUUUUUCUUGUUCAAUUUGUGGUAAAGGUUUUGCACAAAGUUCAUGUUUGGUAAAACACAAAAGAACACACACUGGAGAAAAAUCUUUUCUAUGUUCAAUCUGUGGUAAAGGUUUUGUUCUAAGUAACAAUUUGAAAGUGCACUUGAGACUACACACCGGAGAAAAACCUUUUAUCUGUUCAAUCUGUGGUAAAGGUUUUGCAGAAAGUCGAUAUUUGAAAGAACACAUGAGAACACACACUGGUGAAAAACCUUUUUUUUGUUCAAUCUGUGGUUUAUCUUUUACAAGGAAGGAACAAUUGAAAGUGCACAUGAGAACACACACUGGUGAAAAACCUUUUUCCUGUUCAACUUGUGGUAAAGGUUUUACACAAAGUCGUUGUUUGAAAGUACACAUGAGAACACACACUGGUGAAAAACCUUUUUCCUGUUCAACUUGUGGUAAAGGUUUUACACAAAGUCGUUGUUUGAAAGUACACAUGAGAACACACACUGGUGAAAAAACACAUUCCUGUUCAAUCUGCAACAGAAGCUUUUGUGACCGAUCAAACCUUGUAGCACACAUGAGAACACACACUGGAGAGAAAGUGGUGAGUUGCAGUGUGUGUGGUGAAAGAUUGUCUUCUAAGUACCAGUGUAAGAAACACAAGUGUGCUGGUGAGAACAGCAGCAGCAAAUGAAACUGCAGGAUUUGAAAUAAACUGUCAAGACUUUAAUUUUGACUUUCUAACAACAUCAGCACAUAUAACAUGUGUGACAUUUUUGUUUGUGUAACAAUCUUUUUAAUAUGCUUCUACAUUUAUAGAUUAGAUAUUUUAUAUUAGUGCUUUUUUCAGUCAAGUACAUGCAAUAAUAUGCAACGUUGUGUACUUUUUAUUAAAAUGUAACAGAACAAUUUGACUGAAAAGGUGAGAGUAAACAGUACAAGACAUAUUUUACAUACAAUAAACAUUUUAUGUAUAUAU